AUGCAUCUUAAAUCUAUUCACUGGAAUCAGCGCCCCCAUUCAUGUGAGCUCUGCGACAGAUCAUUUGCCGACAAACGCCUUUUGCGAAGACAUGUCGAAUUCGUACAUACUGCACUGCGCCCCUUUACAUGUGAACAAUGUGGUAAAUCGUUUUCUCAGAAGUGCGCUAUGCGAAUGCAUAUAAAAUCAGUUCAUACGAAUCUACGCGACCAUGUAUGUGUGCACUGUGGCAAAUCUUUUGCUCAAAAGGGCCAUUUACAAUUACACAUCAACUGUGUUCAUUUGAAACUUCGACCCUUCGAAUGCGAACGCUGUGGUGCAUCGUUUCUUCGGAAUGUCGGUUUGCAAACGCACAUCAUAUCUACUCAUACAGAGUGCACUCGUGUGCGAACCGGGUCGUGGAAUGCAGUGUUCGCCGUGGGUAACACCGUGCUUCUACCAACAUCAGCUUGA